UGAACGUUCACGAUACGCACCACAUCCCCCAACAACAACUAAACGACAACACUUCCAACGACAGAAGUAUCAACUGCAAAGAAACAACUCUACACACAACUGAGCGAACAACAUUGUUGACAACAGAGGAAACAUCCCCAGAACCUACAACAGAGCGAACAACAGAAGAGACAACAUGGAUUACAACUGCUGAACCAACCACAACUACGUCUUCAACUACAACUCGUUCAACUCUGGCAACAACUACAGAAGAAGAGGAGGUGACAUAUGCUGCGCCUACUACAGUUGAACCAACAGAAGGUCCUAUACCAACUACUGACGUCAUGGAAACGACAGAAGCUACAACAACAGCAGAAACUGAAACCGAAUCUUCGACGUCAACUACUACAACUAAACGAACAACAAAGUCAACGACUGUUUUAACGACUCCAACAAAACCAGACGAAUACACCAAGCCCCCAACAACAACCCAAAAAGCCAGUUCUGUGGCGCCUGGUAGGUCCACUCAGACAGUCACAACAGCUGCAUCAGCCACAUCCAUAUCUACUUCAUCUGCUACAACAGCCGAAUUAGCCACGACCGAUAUAUUGAUGCCAACAGAGACACGUUCAUAUACUACAGUAGAAACAACUACAUCUGCAGAACUAGUCACUACAAGACCAACCGGUAAAUUGUCCACAGCUGCAACAUCAGCUCAAACAGAAGAAAGCACCACCACAGCAAAAACAACUACAUCAAUACCCAAAGCAGAAACAACAACAAAGGAGGAGUCUAGCUCUACAAGGUUGCGGACAACAAAGCCGAUUCAAACAACUGCCCUGUCAAGCACAGAAAGGGGGAAAGAGACAACAUCUGCAAGAAUGACUACCGAAUCUACAUCGGCAAUACCACCAGCGACAACAACGCAAUUCCAAGCAACAAGCACAGAAGCAACAACAACACCUGAACUGACCCUUCCAACAACUUCACAAAGAAAAUUUACAAGCACACAGACAACAAAACCAAUAACGUCCACAGUUUUGUCAAGUACAGUACUAACGACCACAUUGGCACCAACAACGGCCACAAAAACAACUGAACUAACAACUGAACUAACCCCAUCAAAACCUACAAGCACACAGACAACAAAAUUUAAAGCGUCAACAGAAUUGUCGAGUACAGUACUAAAGACUACAUCGGUACCAAAAACGUCCACAGUUUUCUCAAGUACAGUGCAGACUACUACAUUGGUCCCAACAACAACCACAAGAACAACUGGAAUAACCCCAACAACUUUACAGGGAAAAUUUACAAGCACACAAACAUCAAAACCAAAAACAUCUACAGUUAUGUCAAGUACAGCCCAAACAACAGGAACAGCAGAAAUAACCGCAACAACUUCACAGAGAAAACAUACAAGUACAAUGACGACAAAACCGAUAGAGUCAACAGUAUUGUCAAGUAUAGCCCAAACAUCUACAUUGGCACCAACAACAGCAACCAAAACAGCUGAACUAACCCCAACAACUUCACAGAGAAAACGUACAAGCACACAGACAACAAAACCAAUAACGUCCACAGUUUUGUCAAGUACAGUACUAACGACCACGUUGGCACCAACAACGGCCACAAAAACAAGCGAACUAACACCAACAACGUCACCCAGAAUAUUUACAACCACACAAACAAGACCCAUAACGUCAACAGUUUUGUCAAGUACAGUACUAACGACCACAUUGGCACCAGCAACAGCCACAGGAACAACUGAACUAACCCCAACAACUUCACAGAGAAACCUAACAAGUCCACUAACAACAAAACCGAUAAGAUCGACAGCAUUGUCAAGUACAGAAAUUGCGAGUACAUUGGCAGCAACAACAGCAACAGCUGAAAUAACUCCAACGACUUUACCAAGAAAACUUACAAGAAAAAUCAACCGUCUUGUCGAGUACGCCAGAAAGAAGCACAGCAACAUUGCCAACAACAGACAAAACAACAACGCUAGAAAAAACAUCUACAAAAUCGCAGACAGCAUCAAGCACAGUAAAACAGGAAGGGACUACUCCAACAGCAACAACGACCACUAA